UUUAUUUAACAUUUUUUCAGGAAAUGGAAGAUAAAGUGACUAAUCCAGAGAAAGCUGAAGAAGCAAAAUUAAAAGCAAGGUAUCCUCACCUGGGACAAAAGCCUGGCGGUUCAGAUUUCUUAAGGAAACGAUUGCAGAAAGGGCAAAAGUAUUUUGAUUCUGGGGAUUACAACAUGGCUAAAGCAAAAAUGAAGAACAAGCAACUUCCUACUGCAGCCCCGGAUAAGACAGAGGUCACUGGUGACCACAUUCCCACUCCACAGGACCUUCCUCAGCGGAAACCGUCCCUUGUUGCUAGCAAGCUGGCUGGCUGAUUAAAAGAGCUGAACUGCAUGAAUCCUCUAAUUCCCAUUGUUUUUCCUUAAUAUGUUACUCCCCCGCUUUUUAUUUCCUUUCACUCACUAAGUCAUUUGAGAGUGACAGCUUUGCAGGUAGUGGUAGUGUGUGCUGCUAUUGUAAGGGAAGAUACAUGUGUAGAGUUUUUGAUUAGUUGAACAGUGCACUGAUGAAGAGAACAUGUUAGAGCAACAUAAAGUAAUCUACUUGAAAAUAAUUGUAUAUAUUACCUAACUCCUAGUGUAGGACUGGUCCUAACAGCUACCAAGCAAGUUUUACAAUUUUAAUGUUUUGGCUUUCUUUAAUUCAUCCUAAUUAUAGCUUUGUGUAUUACUCUUAUUUAAUUAACCUGUAUUGUAUUGAUUUCUUCUGUAUCUUCCUUUUGGAUUUUAUCAACAGACGUUUAAGACCACAAGUUGGAAGAAAAGUCACAUAUUUCAAACACAAAUAGAUGGGGCUCCAAAAGAUAUGUAUUUCUGUGCUUGAGCUUGAAUGGCCUUAAACCUGUUUCAGCUUUAACAAUAGAAGUUUACUUGGGCAAUAUUUGCCCAUUCUGGUGUAACUUAUGUGACGCUCGUGCUUAACAACUGCUGUUGAAGCUAAUAUUCUUACUCAGUUCUAUAGUUAGAAUACCUUUUGUUGUUAAAGAUAUGAAUGAAGUAUGCAUGUGCAUCGACUGUUGAAUUCACUUUUGUGCCAUUUUUGUAAAUACAAUAGUUUUGCACAACCUCUCACAAAUGUCUGUAUUAAUUUCAUAUAUUAAAAAGUUGAUGAUGUGCCAACCAGAAGCACAAAAGUUCCUACACAAAACUCUUUAUGUCAUUAGAGCUUUUGUAUGGUAAGAGUAGUUUACAGUCCUGGGCUUAUGGAAUACCAAACUGACAUCUUUGCUCAGUCUGCCAUAGAUUAAGCUUUUUCAUUUGUUACUAAUAUCCAUUACAUUCAGUGGCCUUGUGCAAAUAUGAUAUGUUGCUUAGGCAUAUCUUUUGUCCUAUGCAGAACAUUUCAUUUUGACCUCUAUGAGAAUUGCAAUUCAUGUAAUUUAUAUAAACUUUUUAAAUGUAGAAACUUUUUACUUCCACAGUCCAUUUUGGGGACACUAGAAUAAAAGGCUUCAAUGCUCUGCC